AUUCUUCUCUCUCUCUGACUUCUCAUUCUCUUGCUCUUCAGUCUUCAAAGCGGCUGUUCUUUUCUCCCGCAUCCCAUUCUUCUCUCUGGUCUCUGCUUCGGUCUAUCGUUCGCUGUUUCUAGGUUUUGCUUCGCAGCCGAGAGAUUACUCAGGAUAUUUUGGGUUUUCCUGGGCUGGCUGCGCUUGAAAUUAGGCUUUAUUGAUGGACUUUAUGCAUUGAAUUUUCAGAACUAGUGUUUGGUUGCUCCGGUCAGGCUCUCUAGAAUCACCUUUAGUUUAGUAUUUUUUGUUUGACAUGUGGGCAUUGGAUAGUGCUGCAAUGAGAUACUGGAGCAUUAAGAAGUGGAAAUUUCUCGUGGGUUUAAUGACACUGCAGGAAAUAUAGGCUUUGAUUAUGUAAAUACCUAAUGGCCUCUACUCAGCAAGUACUUCGAGUAGAACUUAAAGAUUCAGUCCAACUCCGUCAUUAGCCAUAACCGAAAACUUUGAAGGGGCCUUGCCGUUCGAUCAAUAAACGACGCGGAAGAGGAAAAGUUAAUAAUGGCUUCCAUCUCAAUUUCAAGGCUUAGACUUCGUUGUCCUUCUCCACUCAAUUUCAAUCUAAGACUCUUCUCUUCCACCUCCGCAGCCGCCACUACUGAUCUCUCUCCCAAGGCCUCCACAAAUCACCGGAAGACAUCCAAUCCAUCUUCUUUGAAUCAGCAUGAGCUCGCUAAAUUCGCUGCUAUUGCCGAUACGUGGUGGGAUUCUGAAGGGCCAUUCAAACCUUUGCAUGUAAUGAAUCCUACAAGACUUGCUUUCAUCCGCUCUAUGCUUUGUCAGCAUUUCAGGAAGGAUCCUUAUUGUGCCAAACCUUUUGAAGGGCUUAAAAUUGUUGAUGUUGGAUGUGGAGGUGGAAUACUUUCCGAGCCAUUGGCUCGAAUGGGAGCUACUGUUACUGGAGUUGAUGCAGUAGAAAAGAAUAUCAAGAUCGCACGCUUGCAUGCUGAUUUUGAUCCAGUUACUGCACCUAUUGAAUACUGUUGCACAACAGCUGAGAAACUGGUUGAGGAACGGAGGGAAUUUGACGCUGUAAUUUCUCUGGAGGUGGUUGAGCACGUAGCAGAUCCUGCUGAAUUUUGCAAGUCUCUUUCAGCAUUAACUGUUCCUAAUGGAGCUACUGUGAUUUCGACAAUCAACCGUACCAUGAGGUCAUAUGCGUCUGCCAUCAUUGCAGCGGAGUACCUUCUUCACUGGCUUCCUAAAGGCACACAUCAGUGGUCGAAAUUCCUUACUCCUGAAGAACUGGUCCUGAUCCUUCAACGUGCUUCUGUGGAUGUUAGAGAUAUGGCUGGAUUUGUGUACAAUCCUUUGAGCGGAAGGUGGUCAUUAUCUGAUGAUAUUAGCGUGAAUUUCAUUGCCUUUGGAACGAAAAACUGCCAGUGAAUACAGUUGUGAAAAUUUUGCUGCUUUUAAAAGAUAUUUUCAUAAAAAUCUCUUUUUAAGGGUGUGUUGACCCAUUCUUUCGGUCGAGGCAAUGGGUAUGAAGGGUCAAACAAAAUCUAUUCUGAUAAGGAGCGAUUGGAAAAUUCUGUAAAACAAAAUCCCCAUUGUGGAUAUAUUUGUUGUAUUAAUUUAAUUUAUUUGUUUAUCUGUA